AAACUGUUCUUAUUGUCGAAAUGCAUUUCCUGGUGGAUAGGAAGUUUUGAUACUCAAGUAACUUCAAGUAUCAAUGACUUGCUAGAAAACCCACAUAUUUUAUGAGAAACAUUUGAAACGAAUAUCUGGACAGUUCAGAUGUAUGACCCUGUAUAAGACAAACGCAUUCAUUCACACUGUCAGUUCUGAGUUUUAACUUGAGCAGUUUUGUGAAUCAGAUCCCUUAAACCGUCACGAGUUCCUCCUCCCACUAGUUCCUCCUCCCACUAGUUAAUUUUUAGUCGGCAGAUUUUAGAUCCCCUUUAACGUCGCCUUUAACUGCGGCGUGUCUGCUCUAUCACUUUAGUGUUGUGAAAAGUCAGGAAGGAAUAAGUCUCGUGCACUUUGUAGACAAACCCGAAUCAUGGAGCGAGGAAAGCAAAAUAUCAAACAAGUUGUGAUCGUCGGCAGUGGAUUGAUUGGCCGCAGUUGGACAAUGGCAUUCACCAGCGCAGGUUAUAAAGUAAAGUUGUACGAUAUUCUCUCUCAGCAGAUUCAAGUUGCUAUGGAAGCAGUAAGCAAGCAGAUGAAAGAUAUGGAGGAAAUGGGAGUGCUACGAGGAUCCUUGAGCUCUGAAGAGCAGUUCUCGCUAAUCAGUGGCUGUAGUGACCUACGUGAAGCAGUAGAGGGAGCAAGCUUCAUUCAGGAAUGUGUACCAGAGAACGUAGAACUGAAGAAGAAGAUUUUCAAAGAAUUAGAUGAUCUUGUUGGUGUAGAUACAAUCCUGAGCAGUUCUACUUCCUGCAUUCUGCCUUCCAAAAUAUUCACUGGCCUGAAGAAUGUGAAACGAUGCAUUGUAUCCCAUCCUGUAAAUCCACCUUAUUUUGUGCCACUGGUUGAACUGGUUCCUCAUGAAGAAACUGACCCUUCCACUGUGGACAUAACAUAUACGUUAAUGAAGGAGAUUGGACAGACUCCAGUCAAACUGAACAAAGAAAUUGAUGGCUUUGUUUUAAAUCGGAUCCAGUAUGCAAUCAUUUGUGAGGCCUGGAGACUUGUUGCUGAUGGAGUAGUGUCUCCUCGUGAUGUGGAUCUGGUGAUGUCUGAAGGGCUUGGAAUGCGUUAUGCCUUCAUAGGUCCCUUAGAAACGAUGCACCUCAAUGCAGAUGGGAUGAAAGAUUACUGUGAAAAGUACAGUGAAAGUGUCAGGAGGGUCGCAUCAAGCUUUGGUCCUGUGCCAGAAUUUUCCGGAGAAGCUGCUGAUAAAAUUAAUGAGGCAUUGAGUAAGGAAAUUCCAUCUGACCCAAAUCAUCUCGGUGCGAGGCGAGAAUGGAGGGAUUCCUGUAUUCUACAGCUCGCAAGGAUGAAGAAAAAUAUUAAGUCAGAGUGAACAAGGCAGCAUGAAACUGACAGUGAAAGCACUUUUUUAAACGAGUCACACUUUUUAGGUGCAUUACCUCAAGAAGAGUCCAAGAAAAGCUUGGUUUUAAAGUUGUGGAGCUUCAAUACAUUUUUGCCUUCAUUCUUGUUAUUGAAGUUAACCAUUUUAAAUCAUGGCUGACUAGGCAGAACUUGAAUUUGUGAUAGAUAAAUUUGCAGUGUAGCAACUAUUUACUUCUUGAAGCAAUACACGCCUUUGUGUCCUUUGUGCUGCUAUGGUUUCAGGUUAACAGCACACGUGUUUCUAGUAAAGAUCAGCUGAAUUCUUUAUUGCUUGCUGAUAAAAUUUGAUUGAUAUAAUAAACAUGUCUACUUCA